UCAGAUGAUCAACACAAUGUUUCGACGUGAUAGCUUCGCAUAAUCCAAACGAAUAGUUUAACGUGACAAGAAAAUAGGAGAGACCUUGCGCCGCUACCAUUCUCAAAAACAGAAAUUAUACAUACAUACAGCAUAAUCAACGUAAAUACUAGUAUUGACGGUGCUAGUAAUGCCUGCCCACGUGAUUGAAGAAGCUCCCUUCCAGGGAGCAACAGCGACCUGCAAGCUGGCCAACACUGCAGAUAAGUCCUCUCCAGGAGUGGUGUCCUGCACAGAGGAUGUGGUCAUCACAGGCAUUUCCUGUCGACUACCUGAAUCCGACAAUAUGACCGAGUUCCGCCAGCAUCUGAUGCUUAAAGAAGACAUGAUCACAGACGAUGAUAGGAGAUGGCAGCCAGGUUUCCUUGGACUACCUCAAAGAAAUGGAAAAUUAAAGGAUCUAAGCAAGUUCGAUGCCUCCUUCUUUGGAGUCCACCCCAAACAAGCAGAUGCCAUGGACCCUCAGCUGAGACUUCUGUUGGAAGUUGCAUAUGAGGCAAUUAUAGAUUCAGGGUACAGCCCCCAGAGUUUGCGGGGUUCAAAGACAGGUGUGUUUAUUGGUGUGAGUGCAUCUGAGGCGGGGGAAGCACUCUCCGCUGACCCUGAGACACUGGUGGGGUACGGCAUGACAGGAUGCUGCAGGGCCAUGUUUGCAAACAGACUGUCGUUCUUCUUUGAUUUCAAAGGUCCCAGCUAUGCCAUAGACACGGCAUGUUCCUCUAGUUCCCUGGCUAUGGACCAGGCGCUGGCCAGUAUUCGUGCUGGUAUCUGUGAUGCUGCUAUCGUCGGGGGAUCCAAUAUUUGCAUCAAGCCCAACACGGCUCUCCAGUUCUUAAAGCUGGGCAUGCUAUCAGCCGAUGGGUGUUGUAAAUCUUUUGAUGCCAAUGGUGACGGUUAUUGUCGCAGUGAAGGGAUUGUAGCUAUCCACAUUCAGAAGGUAUCUGCUGCUCACAGAGUCUACACUACAAUUGUACAUUCCAAGAAUAAUGCAGAUGGCAACAAAGAACAAGGCAUCACCUUCCCAUCUGGUGCAGUACAGAAGCAGCUGCUUGAAGAGACGUACCACGAGGCGGGAGUAGACCCCAGUCAGGUGGCCUAUGUGGAGGCUCAUGGCACAGGCACCAAAGUGGGAGACCCACAGGAAGUCAACAGCAUAGUGGAUGUCUUCUGUAAAGACCGCAAUGAGCCACUACUUAUUGGAUCCACCAAGUCCAACAUGGGUCACCCUGAGCCAGCAUCAGGUCUAGCAGCUUUAGCCAAGGUGGUUAUUGCAAUGGAGGAGAAGAUAGUACCUGCCAAUCUACACUAUGAGGAGCCCAACCCAGACAUCCCUGGUUUGGUGGAUGGCAGACUGAAGGUUGUUACUGAAGGCACUCGGUGGCCAGGUGGUUACGUUGGCCUUAACUCCUUUGGUUUUGGUGGUGCUAAUGUGCAUUUGAUUUUGAAGUCCAACGACAAUGAAAAGAGUGAGCAGCAUCCAGCCACUUCCUGUCGCCGCCUGUGUGUGUAUGCAGGCCGCACAGAAGAAUGUGUGGACCACGUGCUGACACAGAUGCACCAAAACAGUGACAGUGUGGAACUCCAUGCCCUGCUGAAUGAGAGUGCUUGCUCACCAACUACAGCAUUUCCAUACAGGGGAUACACAAUACUCAAUUCUCAGGAGGAGGUUCGAGAAAUACAGAAAUGCUCGAGUGACAGUCGGCCAGUGUGGUAUGUGUUUGCUGGAAUGGGCACGCAAUGGUUUGGAAUGGGCCGGAGCAUGAUGGAGCUAGAGGUGUUCAAGCAGUCAAUUCUGAAGUCGGAUUCCAUACUGCAGAGACAUGGCAUUGAGCUGUACCUGGUGCUCACAGAAGGGGACAAGGCCACGUUUGACAACACUGUUUAUACCUUCUGUGGUAUUGCAGCUAUACAGUUGGCCCUGGUGGACAUGCUGGAGCAGAUGGGGGUGGUUCCAGAUGGAUUAGUCGGCCACUCUGUUGGGGAGCUUGGCUGUGCCUAUGCUGAUGGAUCUCUCACUGCAGAGGAAACGUUGCUUGCAGCCUACUGGAGAGGCCGUUGUAUCCAGGAGGCAACACUUCCACCUGGCGGCAUGGCUGCAGUUGGUUUGACCUGGGCUGAGGCCAAGGAGCAAUGCCCAGCAGGUGUUGUGCCAGCUUGUCACAACUCAGAGGAUACAGUCACCAUCUCGGGCCCUGCACAAUCUGUUUCUCAGUUUGUGCUACAACUGAAAGAAAAGGGGAUAUUUGCAAAGGAAGUGCAGAGUGCAGGCGUCGCGUUCCAUUCCCAAUAUAUGGCAGAGAUUGCCCCAACUCUGAGGGCUGUUCUAGACAAGGUGAUAAAGCCCAAGCGUCGGUCUGAACGCUGGGUGAGCAGCUCUGUGCCAGAGGAGGAGUGGCAGACAGAUAUGGCAAGGUUCUCCUCAGCAGAGUAUCAUGUCAACAACCUGGUGAGCCCUGUGCUGUUUCAGGAGGCUCUGCAACAUGUUCCCAACAAUGCUGUGGUCAUAGAGAUUGCCCCACACUGUCUGCUGCAGGCAAUACUCAAGAGAUCACUUGCUCCCACCUGUACAUUUGUUGGUCUCAUGAAGAGAAAUCAUCCAGAUAAUGUCAACUACUUCCACUCAAGUAUAGGAAAGUGUUAUGCAGCAGGAAUGAAAGUUGAUCCGCUGGCUUUGUUUGCCCCUGUGAGGUACCCAGUGCCUGCUGGGACUCCCAUGUUGUCGCCUCUUGUACAGUGGGACCACAGUCAGUCAUGGGAUGUUCCCAAAGCAGAUGAUUUCAUUGGCGGAGGAUCGGGAAGAAACACUGUGUGUGUUUAUGAAAUUGAUGUCUCCCCGGAAUCUCCAGACCAUUACCUGGUGGACCACGCUAUCGAUGGCAGAGUACUGUUCCCUGGUACUGGCUACCUUGUCCUUGCAUGGCGGACUCUGGCCAAACUCAGGGGGCAGUUCUAUGAACAUCUGCCUGUCAUGUUUGAGAAUGUCAACAUUCAUCAUGCCACUAUCCUACCCAAAACAGGUAGUGUUAAGCUGGAGGUUUGUGUAAUGCCGGUGACAGGAGAGUUUGAGAUCAGCGAGGGUGGUAACCUGACCGUCAGUGGACAUAUUCAUGAGCUGAUAGAUGAGGAGGACUCGUCCUUCAGGUCCCAUCUGAAGCAGGACACAACUCCACCCACACAGGCCCCAGCUGAAGAGAACAUUCCACUCACACUCUCCGAUGUGUACAAAGAUCUCAGACUUCGAGGCUACGAUUAUGGUCCUGAGUUCCAGGGCAUAUACAAGAUGACCAACAAAGCUGACUCAGGGGAACUGGUGUGGAAAGGCAACUGGGUGUCUUUCUUGGACACAAUGCUUCAAGCACAGGUGAUGGGCCGGGCUUCAGGAUUUCGACUACCAACUAGAAUCAAGUCUGUGCGCAUAGACCCCACCAUACAUGCCCAGUUUGUUAUCCCAGCAGCAGAGGGCAAAGAGGCUACUAUUCCUGUAGUAAUGGAUCACUGCCUUGAUGUUUGUGUGUGUGGAGGAGUUGAAAUAAGAGGACUGCAUUCUACUUCUGCUCCAAGACGAUCGAACCAGACGCCUACGUUAGAGCUCUACUCAUUCAUUCCAUACCAUGAGAACCUCCAACAUGUUGACUCCAAUUUGAAGCAGUACUCUGAAGACUGUUUGACCUAUGCACAGCAGUCCCUUGCAGCACUUCUGAAAUCCAGUGGAGCUGCUUACAUUCCCAACUCCAGUCUUUUGUCAGUGGAAGAGCCACAAGCUCACAUUAGUAUUGACAAAGUGGUGGACUAUUCUAGACAGUCAACAUGUGGUCUCAUGCAAACUUUGUACAAGAUUUUCUCUACUCCUUUAUCAGAAAGUUUCCCUGAAAAUGUUCGUAACAUUGUGAAUGCAUUCCAGCCAGAGCUAUCAAAUGACUCUGUACUCAAUUGUCUGCUUGACGGAAAAGUGCUGAAAUCCUGUAUGGACAUAGUGCUAGAGAAUUGCCUGAAGAGCAAAGUGAAUGUGUUGGAGAUGUGUCCUCCAAGUGGAGCCAUGUAUAGCCGUGUCCUGCCACUCCUGGCAGCUCAUCCCAUGAAUCAAGUAGACUACACACUAGCAAAUCCCCAACCAAAUGAUCAAGAACAACUGGAAAAACUUGGUAUGAGUACACUGCAGUGGGAUUUGGCGAAUACUUUGCCAGCAGGGGCCAGUCAGCCUGAUUUGAUCAUCUUGAGAAAUAUCCUCCACUGUGAGAAAAACAUCAGUGCUGCUUUGAAAAAUGUUGUUGAUGCAUGUGGAGCAAAAGGGUUUGCACUGAUAAUAGAAGCUACCCAAAACUUUCCACUUCACCUGGCCAUAAAAAAUUUCAAACUAGACUUUGUCACGACUUGUGAUUCGAGAACACUUGGAUGCUAUCUGGAUUCCACUAGCUGGACAGAGCUGUUCAUGAAGCAUGGACUGCAGGUGAUCUGUGACAAGUCAGAUGGUGUUUUGUACAACAUGUUCCUGGUGCGCAGAGCCAACAAUACUGGGGAGGAAAACCAGACUAUCAUCUGUGUGGAUGACCUCAACUGUAGUUGGGUGGACAUGGUCAAGUCGGCCUUGGCCGACUGUCAUCUACGUCCGGAGGGGGAGAAUGUCUGGCUGCAGGCCAACAACAAGAACAGUGGCAUAGUGGGACUGUGUAAUUGUCUACAGAAAGAAUCAGGAGGGGAAAGACUCAGGUGCAUGUUCUCAAGUGAGAGGAUUGCCCCUAGUAGUGAGUGCUUUAAGAAGUUGGUGAGACAAGAUCUGGUGAUGAAUGUUGAGCAACAAUCCAAGUGGGGCUCCUACAGGCAUACUCCAUUGUCUAAAGAUGCUGAGUGGUUGCAACGUGAAAGUGAGCAUGCUUAUGUUGAUGUGACUAUCAGAGGGGAUCUUUCAAGUCUCAAGUGGAUAGUCUCUCCCCUGCAGAAGCUUGAUGCCACAGUCGGUGCAGAGCGAGAACUUUGUAGCGUGCACUAUUCUUCCCUAAACUUCCGGGAUGUGAUGCUUGCAACUGGUAAGCUGCCCCCCGACGCUAUCCCUGGGGGGAUGGACAUUCAAGACUGCAUGCUUGGCAUGGAGUUCUCCGGCAAACAAAAGGAUGGCAAGAAGGUCAUGGGGCUCCUAACUGCUAAGGGUUUGGCAACAACUACUGAUGCUGACCCGCGCUUCUUGUGGGAGGUCCCGAAGUCCUGGAGUCUGGAGGAGGCAGCCAGUGUGCCCACUGUGUAUGCUACUGCAUAUUAUGCACUUGUUGAGCGAGGCAACAUCAAGAAGGGGGACCAUGUCCUCAUCCACUCCGGCAGUGGUGGAGUGGGUCAGGCAGCCAUAUCUGUGGCCUUGCAUCAUGGCUGUCAGGUCUUCACCACAGUAGGUUCCAUGGAGAAGAGGCAGUAUCUCAAACAAAAGUUUCCAGCCCUCAAAGAUUUCAACUUUGCCAACUCUAGGGACAAUUCAUUUGAAUUUGACAUCUUAAGAGCAACAAAAGGAAGAGGUGUGGAUGUUGUACUGAACUCCCUGGCAGAGGAGAAACUGCAGGCCAGUUUGAGACUGCUAGCUCCUCAUGGAAGGUUCCUGGAGAUUGGCAAAUUUGAUCUUUCCAACAACACUGCACUGGGGAUGUCGAUAUUCUUGAAAAAUAUCAGUUUUCAUGGUAUUCUUCUGGAUGCACUGUUUGACCCAGGCAACAAGGACUGGGAAAAUGUACACCAGUUGGUGAGCAAUGGCAUCAGGUCAGGUGCAGUAAAACCACUGGAUACAACAGUGUUUUCUCACGCCGAGGUAGAAGACGCAUUCCGAUACAUGGCCCAAGGAAAACACAUGGGAAAAGUUCUGAUCAAGAUACGGUCAGAGGACACUGCAGCUCCUCUCACAGUGCAAGCGAUCUCUCGAACAUAUUGCAGUGGCCACAAAACUUAUAUCAUUACUGGUGGCCUGGGAGGGUUUGGUCUGGAACUUGGUCAGUGGCUGGUUGAACGUGGAGCAAGGAAACUUCUCCUCACAUCUCGAUCUGGUGUACGGACUGGGUACCAGUCCCGGAGGGUGCGUCUAUGGCGUAAUGCUGGAGUGAGAGUGUGCAUCUCUUCAACGGAUAUCAAGACGGAGGAAGAAGCCAAGAAGCUUAUGCGGGAGGCAGAGAAAAUGGGCCCUGUUGGAGGGGUGUUUAAUCUAGCAAUGGUGUUGAAAGAUAGUUUGAUGGAGAAUCAGACCGAGGAGACCUUCCAGGCAGUAUGUCAUCCAAAAGUACAGGGUACAAUCAACCUUGACCUCGCCAGUCGUACUGCCACCUGUCGGCACAGUCUGGAUAUGUUUGUUGUCUUCUCCUCGGUCAGUUGUGGGCGUGGUAAUGCAGGACAAGCUAACUAUGGCUUUGCUAACUCGGUGAUGGAACGUGUUGUGGAACAGAGACAACAGGAAGGAUUGCCAGGUGUUGCCAUCCAGUGGGGAGCUAUUGGCGAUGUAGGUGUGGUGUUGGAGACCAUGGCUGGCAAUGAUGCUGUCAUUGGGGGCACCUUACCCCAGAGGAUCCGCUCCUGCAUGGAGGUGCUCGACCGAUUCCUCAACCAGCCCCACCCAGUUGUGUCCAGUUUUGUGAUGGCAGAGAAACAGACUGGCACCAAGAAUGACAUUAGCAAACAGGACCUGGUAGCAGCUGUAGCUCACAUAUUAGGGGUAAAGGAUGUCUCGACCAUCAACCCUGACAUGAGUCUGGCUGACCUUGGUCUGGAUUCUCUAAUGGGAGUAGAGGUGAAGCAGACGUUGGAGCGUGACCAUGACCUCUCCAUGUCGAUGCGGGAGAUCCGGCAGCUGACCAUCACACGUCUGCAGGACAUCAGUGGAGGAGGAGGGGGGGAUACAGUGGACACCAGCAGCAACAAGGAUGUUGGCUCCACACUAGAUGACAGUGGCCUGUCUGUUCGCUAUGACAUGUCUCAGAUCAUGCCCACCAACACCAUAGUAGUCAUUGGUGGAGUACACAAUGAGAAGACACCCCUGUUCAUUGUCCACCCAAUAGAAGGUGUGACUCUGUCGCUGGAGAGUGUAGCCAGCCAAUUACAGCGCCCAGUCUAUGGAAUCCAGUGCACUGCUGAUGCCCCCCUGACCUCGGUGGAGGCCCUUGCAAGAUUCUACCUAAAAAAUGUGGACCGUGUCCAACCAGAUGGUCCCUACUGCCUGGCUGGCUACUCGUUUGGUGCAUGCAUCGCCUUGGAGAUGGCACUUCAGCUUCAGCAGUACAACAGUGACAGGCCCGAUAUCGUCCAGUCCCUGGUGCUGUUGGAUGGCUCCCAUCUGUAUGUCAAUGCUCAUACAGAUUCCCACCGUGCCAAGCUGACACCAGGCCAUCGUGGGCAGGAGGAGACCGAGGCCAUGUGUGCGUUUGUUCAGCAGUUCAUGUCCAUUGACUAUAACAGGUUGUCGGAGAAGUUGCUGCUGUCCCGUGACCUGGACAGCCGUGUGAGUGUUGCUGUGGAUGAGCUCAUGACCACUCGACAGUUCCAGAACCGCACUGACUUGGAACUGGCAGCAAAAUCUUUUUUCAAUAAGUUGAUUAUGUGUAGUGAUUACAACCCAGGCAACUCAUUCAAGGGAGACAUAAUGCUGGUCCGGGCCCAACAACUUACAAAUGAGGCAUCCAAGCUUGGGAAAGACUAUGGCUUAGAACAGGUGUGUUCUGGUAAAGUGGUGGUGAAGGAAGUUGCUGGUGACCAUGAGACGUUCAUCCUUGGAGCAAGUGCUGGCAAAGUUGCUUCUCUUAUCUCUGACGCCCUACCUUGAAGAUGUUGUACCUUUAAUUAGCAGGGACCUGGGUGUCUACACAAGCUGUUGCCAGGCACAGCAGGGAGUAGCUCCCAGCUGAUGCCCCUGCCUUCACUCAUCUCACCAGGGAAGUGUGUUCAGUGAUGUGAUAGAAAACUUUGCAAUUAGAUGUGAAUUAGUAGGGACUCUGAGAAGUCAAUUUAACUUUACACAAAACAAUGUCUACAACAGUCAGAUGAGUUACCAAAAGAUGAUAAAUGGCAGUCAUGUGACCAAGAAUCCCAGUAAACGUCCUACCAAUCCAACAAGUAUUGGGUAUCGAUUCUUUCAUCUGGUGCAAUAUUUUUCACAGCACUCUCCUUGUGCAGUAGAAUGUACAAGCAUUACGUCAGUAUUUAGUGUUCCAUGAAACUACCCAUCAAGAGGAACCUCUGAAAACAACUGUGCAGAGCUGUCAACAAAUGAUCCUCCCAACAACUGACUUGUAGCAAACAUGUUAGUGUGAGAAUCAUUAUUACUAUUUUGUUAUGUUGUUUGUUGUGGUGUAUGCAUUGUUUAAAUAACAAUAAAGUACAGUGACCAUUACAAA